GUCGCCCUCCCCCAGGGUUGUGGCCACGCGCAGCGGCGGCGGUUGUUCCGCUUCCCCUCCGGCCCGGGCCGUCGCCAUUGCCGAAGGCUCCCUGCCUUCCCUUCCCUGGCGGCCGCAGGGCUCCGCAGCCGCUGGGCCUAGCGGUAGCAGCGGCUGCGCUCCAGCGCGGUUCCUCUUCCCGCCCCGCUUUCCCUUCCCUCCCGUCCUCUCCUCGCGCCGCGCGCUUGCCCGGGGCGGCUCCGCAGCCCGCCGGGAGCUCGGACGGAGGCGCCUCUCUGGGCGGGGACCUUUCCUCGCCUAGGGUCAUUUCAUAGUUCUGAACCAUGUCUGAUAACGGAGAACUGGAAGACAAGCCUCCGGCACCUCCCGUGCGAAUGAGCAGUACCAUUUUUAGCACUGGAGGCAAAGACCCUUUGUCAGCCAAUCACAGUUUGAAACCUUUGCCAUCUGUUCCAGAAGAAAAAAAGCCCAGGAAUAAAAUCAUCUCCAUAUUCUCAGGCACAGAGAAAGGAAGUAAAAAGAAAGAAAAGGAACGGCCGGAAAUUUCUCCUCCAUCCGAUUUUGAGCACACCAUCCAUGUUGGUUUUGAUGCUGUUACUGGAGAAUUCACUGGCAUGCCAGAACAGUGGGCUCGAUUGUUACAGACUUCCAAUAUCACCAAACUAGAGCAAAAGAAGAAUCCUCAGGCUGUAUUGGAUGUCUUAAAGUUCUAUGACUCCAACACAGUGAAGCAGAAAUAUCUGAGCUUUACUCCUCCUGAGAAAGAUGGCUUCCCUUCUGGAACACCAGCACUGAAUGCCAAGGGAUCAGAAACAUCAGCAGUAGUAACAGAAGAAGAUGAUGAUGAUGAAGAAACUGCUCCUCCCGUUAUUGCCCCACGGCCAGAUCAUACAAAAUCAAUUUACACACGGUCUGUAAUUGACCCCAUUCCUGCACCAGUUGGUGAUUCUACUGUUGAUGGUGGUGCCAAGUCUUCAGACAAACAGAAAAAGAAGACCAAGAUGACAGAUGAAGAAAUUAUGGAGAAAUUAAGAACUAUUGUGAGCAUAGGUGACCCUAAGAAAAAAUAUACAAGAUAUGAAAAAAUUGGACAGGGGUGUUUUUCUUCUCUUCAGUGUUUACAGGCAUUGGAGUUUUUACAUGCUAAUCAAGUAAUCCACAGAGACAUCAAAAGUGACAAUGUGCUUUUGGGGAUGGAAGGAUCAGUUAAACUUACUGACUUUGGUUUCUGUGCCCAGAUCACCCCUGAGCAGAGCAAACGCAGCACCAUGGUUGGAACGCCAUACUGGAUGGCACCAGAGGUGGUCACACGGAAAGCUUAUGGCCCUAAAGUUGACAUAUGGUCUCUGGGUAUCAUGGCUAUUGAGAUGGUAGAAGGAGAGCCUCCAUACCUCAAUGAAAAUCCCUUGAGGGCCUUGUACCUGAUAGCUACUAAUGGAACCCCAGAACUUCAGAAUCCAGAGAAACUUUCCCCAAUAUUUCGGGAUUUCUUAAAUCGAUGUUUGGAAAUGGAUGUGGAAAAAAGGGGUUCAGCCAAAGAAUUGUUACAGCAUCCCUUCCUGAAACUGGCCAAACCAUUAUCUAGCUUGACACCACUGAUCAUGGCAGCUAAAGAAGCAAUGAAGAGUAACCGUUAAUAUCAUUGUCAUGGCCUCAUAUUCUUUUUUCCAUUUUCUAAAAGAAGUCUUUUAAUAUAUGAAAAUUAUUACUCUUUUUGGGGCUUAAAGAAAUGGUCUGCAUAACAUGGAGGAAAAAAAGCAAGCUACUAUUCUCUGAGGACAAGGAGAAAAUUGCAAAAAGAAAACUAUGACUUUCAAACGAACCCCUUUAGGGUCCAAAAGGAAUUGUGGACUGAAUCACUAGCCUUACGUCUUUCAGCAGACAGCCUAUCAGGGCCGUUUAUCAUGCUUGAGAUUUGCAUUUUAUUUUGCUGACUUUGUUGUAAUAGAUACCAUUCAUCGUCCCCUUUUGGGAUAUUUUCAAUACUUGAAUGGCAGAUUCGAGUUUUUCAGAGUAUUUGUUUCAUCUGCUAGUCUUCUUUUUCUCUCCUUCAUUAGCUUUCCUUUUCCUUGACUUGCUCCUUUUGAGUUGCUUUGAGAAGUUUUUCUCAUGCCUAAAUUCAAGACAAGUGUGAUAGAAAUUAUGUAGCUCCUUAUAUUGGCAAAGGAGCUCAGUAUGGUUUUAACUUUGUAUAGAAGUUAGGAGCAGCUACUGUUACAUGUUAUAUUUUAGUUCAGAACUUGACCUGAAGGAAGGGAAGAAAAAGUAUGUGAUUUUUACCUUUUUUAACAAAUGUGAAAAAGUCAAUUUUAGAAAUUUUAUGGUAGUGAGUUCGGCAUUUGUUACAUGUAUAGAGAGAAGACUAAUCUAUAUUUAUAACUAACUAAAUCAUUGAGAUAGAAAAAGAAUCCCAUUGACUAUACAUUCUUACAGUUUUAUCUUCCUUUUUAUUUCCUGUUCAGAUUUGGCUUCAGGAACCAAAGUGAUUUGUUCUUGUUCCAACUUGGGCUUUAUGACUUUGGUUAGUGCCACUACUCUUCCCUUCCCUUCUUCCCCCACUCGGCCCCUUCGUUUUGGAAAUAAAUUUUUGUAUAUGUUGCAAUUUUA